AUGGUCCGGUCUGGUCUAGGUAGAAUCAUCUCCUCCCCUCUGCGUUCCGGCUCUAAAGGUGGGCGUGGCCGGGUGGUACAGCCCAACACCCCCGGCUCUAAAGGUGGGCGUGGCCACAGGUAGGGUGUCUGUCACCUGGCUGUCUGUCUGUCAUCACCCAUGGAGACCACCUGGAACUGCUGGAGACCACCUAAGCCCCCCCCCCCCCCCACCACCCGUCCCCCCGUCACCUAAGCCCUGUCACUCCAUCCACAACACCCGCUAUAGGACCACAUUCUGUAUAGGACAUCCAUCUACAGUAGCCAUCUGACAUAGAUUCUCUGUGUAAUGUGGUUGCUGUGGGUCUCUGUGUUAUGUGGUUGCUGUGGGUCUCUGUGUGUGGAUGUUGGUGCAUGUCCAUGACUCACUCACUUCGCUCGAUUCGCAUGAUUCAUCUGGUUUAUCUGAUUCUUCUAGUCUGCUUGUUCCACCUGAUUCAGCUGGUUCACAUGAUUCAUCUGGUUUAUCUGAUUCUUCUAGUCUGCUUGGUCCACCUGAUUCAGGUCUGUGUUGGUGACCCACAGCUCUCCUUCUCUUCUUUAUUACCUGAACCCUCUCCUCUCCUCUCUAGAUAUCAACGCCCAGGCUAGGAAGCUACAGAGGAACCGAGCUAAAGGAACUCUGACACUACCUCGACCUGGGACCACGUUCUGCCGUUCCCUCAGUGAGACCAGUCUCAACCAGGUACACCAUGACUACUAUUACUACUAUUACUACUAUUAUAACUAUGACUACUAUUAUAACUAUGACUACUAUUAUAACUAUUACUACUAUUAUGACUAUGACUACUAUUAUAACUAUUAUAACUAUUAUGACUAUGACUACUAUUAUAACUAUGACUACUAUUAUAACUAUGACUACUAUUAUAACUAUUACUACUAUUAUGACUAUGACUACUAUUAUAACUAUUAUAACUAUUAUGACUAUGACUACUAUUAUAACUAUUACUACUAUUAUAACUAUGACUACUAUUAUAACUAUGACUACUAUUAUAACUAUGACUACUAUUAUAACUAUGACUACUAUUAUAACUAUGACUACUAUUAUAACUAUGACUACUAUUUUGACUAUUAUAACUAUUAUGACUAUGACUACUAUUAUAACUAUUAUAACUAUUAUGACUAUGACUACUAUUAUAACUAUGACUACUAUUAUAACUAUGACUACUAUUAUAACUAUUACUACUAUUAUGACUAUGACUACUAUUAUAACUAUUAUAACUAUUAUGACUAUGACUACUAUUAUAACUAUUACUACUAUUAUAACUAUGACUACUAUUAUAACUAUGACUACUAUUAUAACUAUGACUACUAUUAUAACUAUGACUACUAUUAUAACUAUGACUACUAUUUUGACUAUUAUAACUAUUAUAACUAUGACUACUAUUAUUACUAUUAAUACUAUUAUGACUACUAUUAUAACUAUGACUACUAUUAUAACUAUGACUACUAUUAUAACUAUGAUAUAACUAUGACUACUAUUAUAACUAUGACUACUAUUAUAACUAUGACUACUAUCAUAACUAUGACUACUAUUUUGACUAUUAUAACUAUUAUAACUAUGACUACUAUUAUUACUAUUAAUACUAUUAUGACUAUUGCUACUAUUAUAACUAUUACUACUAUGACGACUAUUAUUACUAUUAUAACUAUUAUAACUAUGACUACUAUUAUUACUAUUAUAACUAUUAUAACUAUGACUACUAUUAUUACUACUAUUAUAACUAUUACAACUAUUAUAACUAUGACUACUAUUAUAAUUAUGACUACUAUUAUAACUAUGACUACUAUUAUAACUAUGACUACUAUUAUGACUAUUACUACUAUUACUACUAUUAUAAUUAUGACUACUAUUAUAACUAUUGCUACUAUUAUAACUAUGACUACUAUGACUACUAUUAUAACUACUACUAUUAUGACUAUUACUACUAUAAUAACUAUUACUACUAUUACUAAUGUGACUGUAAAAUCUGCUUUUUGAUUUGUCAAUAACUCAGCCACCUUUUGACGAAUCUCUUAGCUUUUCUCCAACUAAGUUCAUACAUUUAAUUUGGUGUCAGUCCUAUGGUUCAUGAGAAGAAUGUUUUAGAAGUAUUUCUUUUUAAAUGUAGCAUAGAGUGGGGGAAAAAAGUAUUUAGUCAGCCACCAAUUGUGCAAGUUCUCCCACUUAAAAAGAUGAGAGAGGCCUGUACUUUUCAUCAUAGGUACACAUCAACUAUGACAGACAAAUAGAGAAAAAAAAAAUCCAGAAAAUCACAUUGUAGGAUUUUUAAUGAAUUUAUUUGCAAAUUAUGGUGGAAAAUAAGUAUUUGGUCACCUACAAACAAGCAAGAUUUCUGGCUCUUACAGACCUGUAACUUCUUCUUUAAGAGGCUCCUCUGUCCUCCACUCGUUACCUGUAUUAAUGGCACCUGUUUGAACUUGUUAUCAGUAUAAAAGACACCUGUCCAUAACCUCAAACAGUCACACUCCAAACUCCACUAUGGCCAAGACCAAAGAGCUGUCAAAGGACACCAGAAACAAAAUUGUAGACCUGCACCAGGCUGGGAAGACUGAAUCUGCAAUAGGUAAGCAGCUUGGUUUGAAGAAAUCAACUGUGGGAGCAAUUAUUAGGAAAUGGAAGACAUACAAGACCACUGAUAAUCUCCCUCGAUCGCAUUAUCUCACCCCGUGGGGUCAAAAUGAUCACAAGAACGGUGAGCAAAAAUCCCAGAACCACACGGGGGGACCUAGUGAAUGACCUGCAGAGAGCUGGGACCAAAGUAACAAAGCCUACCAUCAGUAACACACUACGCCGCCAGGGACUCAAAUCCUGCAGUGCCAGACGUGUCCCCCUGCUUAAGCCAGUACAUAUCCAGGCCCGUCUGAAGUUUGCUAGAGUGCAUUUGGAUGAUCCAGAAGAGGAUUGGGAGAAUGUCAUAUGGUCAGAUGAAACCAAAAUAGAACUUUUUGGUAAAAACUCAACUCGUCGUGUUUGGAGGACAAAGAAUGCUGAGUUGCAUCCAAAGAACACCAUACCUACUGUGAAGCAUGGGGGUGGAAACAUCAUGCUUUGGGGCUGUUUUUCUGCAAAGGGACCAGGAUGACUGAUCCGUGUAAAGGAAAGAAUGAAUGGGGCCAUGUAUCGUGAGAUUUUGAGUGAAAACCUCCUUCCAUCAGCAAGGGCAUUGAAGAUGAAACGUGGCUGGGUCUUUCAGCAUGACAAUGAUCCCAAACACACCGCCCGGGCAAUGAAGGAGUGGCUUCGUAAGAAGCAUUUCAAGUUCCUGGAGUGGCCUAGCCAGUCUCCAGAUCUCAACCCCAUAGAAAAUCUUUGGAGGGAGUUGAAAGUCCAUGUUGCCCAGCGACAGCCCCAAAACAUCACUGCUCUAGAGGAGAUCUGCAUGGAGGAAUGGGCCAAAAUACCAGCAACAGUGUGUGAAAACCUUGUGAAGACUUACAGAAAACGUUUAACCUGUGUCUUUGCCAACAAUGGGUAUAUAACAAAGUAUUGAGAAACUUUUGUUAUUGACCAAAUACUUAUUUUCCACCAUAAUUUGCAAAUACAUUCAUUAAAAAUCCUACAAUAUGAUUUUCUUGAUUUUUUUUUCUAAUUUUGUCUGUCAUAGUUGACUUGUACCUAUGAUGAAAAUUACAGGCCUCUCUCAUCUUUUUAAGUGGGAGAACUUGCACAAUUGGUGGCUGACUAAAUACUUUUUCCCCCCACUGUAUUAGCAUAUUUGCUAAUACUACUACUGGUAUAAUGUGGCAAUCUGUGAAUGCGUCAACAUUAUUUUCUCAAACUCUUUAGGGACUUUUGUGCAAAGACCAAAUUUGGAGUGAAUCUGACUUUUAGUCAAUCAGAAGAUUUUUUUAACGAUUAUUUUAAGCAUUGGUGUUAGUCAUAAAAGUAAAUUGUUAAUAGUUUCCUUAUUUAAAAAAAAAGAUAUCAAUGAAAACAUAACCUGGUUCAUCAUGGUCAUGUCUUCGAUGACCCUAAAAUGUUUCAAGUUGAUGGUCCAUUGUGGAGUGGAUUUAAAUGGACACGUAAAAUCUGAUUUCCUGAUUGAAUCAAUAACAUUUACAUUUACAUUUUAGUCAUUUAGCAGACGCUCUUAUCCAGAGCGACUUACAGGAGCAAUUAGGGUUAAGUGCCUUGCUCAAGGGCACAUUAACGUCAUUUAGCAGACGCUCUUAGCCAGAGCGACUCACAAAUUGGUGCGUUCACCCUAUAGCCAGUGGGAUAACCACUUUACAAUUUGGGGGGACUCAGCCAUCUCUUAACCAAUCAAACUACGUUAAGAUAUGUACCAUGGGCCUACAUACCGAUGGUGUUAUUUGGACUUAUGGUUAAUGAGAAUACGUUUUUCAAAGGUUUUCCAGAAUUUCCAAAAUGGAGGAAAAACUGAACUUUGGGGUAAAUUUGUUCAGCAUGAGGAAAUACACCUACGUGCAAAGUUUCAAGUCUCCAGGUCAAACGGGGCGGCGGAUAUGAGGGUUGAAGUGAGGCUGUUUUAUAACAGCGCCCCCUAUAGGCCAAGUUACUCAUGACCUCUAGUUUCUGUGUGCCAAAUUAGAAGAAAAAAAGUUACCAAUCUAUGCUUGAGAUAUUAUAACAAAAAAAUUUACCCCUAAUUUUUCCAACUAAUAUCACUAUUAGUUAGUAGCCUAGCAGUUAAGAGCGUUGGGCCAGUAACUCGCUGGUUCGAAUCCCCGAGCCGACUAGGUGAAAAAUCUCUUGAUGUGUCCUUGAGCAAAGCACUUAACCCUAAUUGCUCCUGUAAGUCGCUUUAGCGUCUGCUAAAUGCCUCAAAUGUAAAUGUAACUAAUAUAACUAUUCCAACUAAUAUAACUACUGAUCCAGCUAGCCGGCUCCAUUCCAGGAGCAGCACAUGGUGUAUAUGUUGUCAUAUAUUGGGUUAUAUUUUGUUAUGUACAUCCAUUAGAAUUAUUACAACCUUUUUUUAUAUAAUGUUAUUAUAUUGAACGUAAUUACGGAAUGUGUCUGAUUUUGAUUCUUAAAUGUUAUUGCAUUAUUAUAUAUUAUUAUUAUGAUACUAAUUUAAACUGCUGUAUCCCCUGUACUAACCAGUUGGGGGGUGCAGACGAGCCGAAGCGCUACUACUCCACGCUGCCGGGACCUCUGAGGACGAGGGGGAGUCAGGAGGGGGCCACGACAAGGAGGAAGGAGGGAGAGGGGGGAGGAACUGGGGGAGGAGGGGUGAGACAUUCCCUCUACCAGUCCCCUCACCUGCUGCUGCUGCAGGGAUACAACAGACAGGUACCAACUACACUUCCUGACUGAUGCAUGUUGGGAUAUAGGAUACAACAGACAGACAGGUACCAACUACACUACCUGACUGAUACAUGUUGGGAUAUAUGAUACAACAGACAGACAGGUACCAACUACACUUCCUGACUGAUGCAUGUUGGGAUAUAUGAUACAACAGACAGGUACCAACUACACUUCCUGACUGAUGCAUGUUGGGAUAUAUGAUACAACAGACAGGUACCAACUACACUUCCUGACUGAUGCAUGUUGGGAUAUAUGAUACAACAGACAGGUACCAACUACACUUCCUGACUGAUGCAUGUUGGGAUAUAUGAUACAACAGACAGACAGGUACCAACUACACUUCCUGACUGAUGCAUGUUGGGAUAUAUGAUACAACAGACAGACAGGUACCAACUACACUUCCUGACUGAUGCAUGUUGGGAUAUAUGAUACAACAGACAGGUACCAACUACACUUCCUGACUGAUGCAUGUUGGGAUAUAUGAUACAACAGACAGACAGGUACCAACUACACUUCCUGACUGAUGCAUGUUGGGAUAUAGGAUACAACAGACAGGUACCAACUACACUUCCUGACUGAUACAUGUUGGGAUAUAGGAUACAACAUAAUGGUACCAACUACACUUCCUGACUGAUGCAUGUUGGGAUAUAGGAUACAACAGACAGACAGGUACCAACUACACUUCCUGACUGAUGCAUGUUGGGAUAUAGGAUACAACAGACAGACAGGUACCAACUACACUUCCUAACUGAUGCAUGUUGGGAUAUAGGAUACAACAGACAGGUACCAACUACACUUCCUGACUGAUGCAUGUAGGGAUAUAUGAUACAACAGACAGACAGGUACCAACUACACUACCUGUAGUUGGUACCUGUCUGUAACUUCUUUUCACUUUGAAAAUGUGGAGUAGGUUGUGUAGAUCUGUAGAAUAUUUUUAAAUAAAAUGUUAAGGCAGCAAAAUUUGAAAAAUUUCAAGUGGGUGUGGACUUUCUAUAGGCUGUAUAUUGUUAGAUAUUGUGUUAUUUAUUUAUAUACACUGCAUUCGGGAAGUAUUCAGACCCCUUGACAUUUUCCACAUGUUGUUACGUUACAGCCUUAUUCUAAAAUUUAUUAAAUUGUAUUUUUUCCUCAUCAAUCUACACACAAUACCCCAUAUUGACAAAGCAAAAACCCUUUACUCAGUACUUUGUUGAAGAAACUUUGGCAGCGAUUACAGCCUCGAAUCUUCUUGGGUAUGACGCUACAAGCUUGGCACACCUGUAUUUGUGGAGUUUCUCUCAAGCUCUGUCAGGUUGGAUGGGGAGCGUUGCUGGGCUCUGGCUGGGCCACUCAAGGACAUUCAGAGACUUUUCCCGAAGCCACUCCUGCGUUGUUUUAGCUGUGUGUUUAGGGUCGUUGUCCUGUUGGAAGGUGCUUAUGGCCUUAUACAGCUGGUUGAGUGCGGUCUUAGUGCCAGCGUCGGUUUGUGGUGGUAAAUAGAUGAAAACUCUCUUGGUAGAUAGUGUGAUCUACAUGAGGUACUCUACAAGGGGCGGCAGGUAGCUUAGUGGUUAAGAGCGUAGUGCCAGUAACCGAAAGGUCGCUGGUUCUAAUCCCCGAGCUGACUAGGUGAAAAAGCUGUCGAUGUGCCCUUGAGCAAGGCACUUAACCAUAAUUGCUCCUGUAAGUCGCUCUGGAUAAGAGCGUCUGCUAAAUGACUAAAAUGUAAUGUAAAAUGUAAAAUACCUCGAGACUACCUUAAUAUUAGACAUCGUGCACCAGCUGUUACUGACAAAUAGACCCCCCCCCCCCCCCCCCCCUCGUCUUACUGGACUUAGCUGUUCUGUCCUGCCGAUGCACGGAAAACCCAGCCAACUGUAUAUUCUCCGUGUCGUCGUUCAGCCACCACACGGUGAAACAUAAGAAGUUACAGUUUUUAAUGUCCCGUUGGUAGGAUAGUCUCGAACGGAGCUCAUCCAGUUUAUUCUCUAGUGAUUGCACGUUGGCCAAUAGAACGGAUGGUAGAGGGGGGUUACCCACUCGCCAACAAAUUCUCACAAGGCACCCUGAUCUGACCUUAUCUGACCUGAUCUCUGCCCCCUGUAUCUCACAAGGCACCCUGAUCUGACCUGAUCUCUGCCCCCUGUAUCUCACAAGGCACCCUGAUCUGACCUGAUCUCUGCCUCCUGUAUCUCACAAGGCACCCUGAUCUGACCUGAUCUCUGCCCCCUGUAUCUCACAAGGCCCCGUGAUCUGACCUGAUCUCUGCCUCCUGUAUCUCACAAGGCACCCUGAUCUGACCUGAUCUCUGCCCCCUGUAUCUCACAAGGCCCCGUGAUCUGACCUGAUCUCUGCCUCCUGUAUCUCACAAGGCACCCUGAUCUGACCUGAUCUCUGCCCCCUGUAUCUCACAAGGCCCCCUGAUCUGACCUGAUCUCUGCCCCCUGUAUCUCACAAGGCCCCCUGAUCUGACCUGAUCUCUGCCCCCUGUAUCUCACAAUGCACCCUGAUCUGACCUGAUCUCUGCCCCCUGUAUCUCACAAUGCCUCCUGAUCUGACCUGAUCUCUGCCCCCUGUAUCUCACAAGGCACCCCGAUCUGACCUGAUCUCUGCCCCCUGUAUCUCACAAUGCCUCCUGGUCUGACCUGAUCUCUGCCCCCUGUAUCUCACAAGGCACCCUGAUCUGACCUGAUCUCUGCCCCCUGUAUCUCACAAGGCCCCCUGAUAUGACCUGAUCUCUGCACCCUGUAUCUCACAAGGCCCCCUGAUCUGACCUGAUCUCUGCCCCCUGUAUCUCACAAUGCACCCUGAUCUGACCUGAUCUCUGCCCCCUGUAUCUCACAAGGCCCCCUGAUCUGACCUGAUCUCUGCCCCCUGUAUCUCACAAGGCCCCGUGAUCUGACCUGAUCUCUGCCUCCUGUAUCUCACAAGGCACCCUGAUCUGACCUGAUCUCUGCCCCCUGUAUCUCACAAGGCCCCCUGAUCUGACCUGAUCUCUGCCCCCUGUAUCUCACAAGGCCCCCUGAUCUGACCUGAUCUCUGCCCCCUGUAUCUCACAAGGCCCCCUGAUCUGACCUGAUCUCUGCCCCCUGUAUCUCACAAGGCACCCUGAUCUGACCUGAUCUCUGCCCCCUGUAUCUCACAAGGCCCCCUGAUCUGACCUGAUCUCUGCACCCUGUAUCUCACAAGGCCCCCUGAUCUGACCUGAUCUCUGCCCCCUGUAUCUCACAAUGCACCCUGAUCUGACCUGAUCUCUGCCCCCUGUAUCUCACAAGACACCCUGAUCUGACCUGAUCUCUGCCCCCUGUAUCUCACAAGGCCCCCUGAUCUGACCUGAUCUCUGCCCCCUGCAUCUCUUUCUUUUCUUCAUGCGAAUGACGGGGAUUUGGGCCUGGUCUCGGAGAAGCAGUAUAUCCUUCGCGUCAGACUCAUUAAAGACCAGAGAAUCUUGUUUCUCAUGGUCUGGGAAUCCUUUAGGUGCCUUUUGGCAAACUCCAAGCGGGGUGUCAUGUGCCUUUUACUGAGGAGUGGCUUCCGUCUGGCCACUCUACCAUAAAGGCCUGAUUGGUGGAGUGCUGCAGAGGUGGUUGUCCUUCUGGAAGGUUCUCCCAUCUCCACAAAGGAACUCUGGAGCUCUGUCAGAGUGACCAUCGGGUUCUUGGUCACCUCCCUGACCAAGGACCUUCUCCCCCGAUUGCUCAGUUUGGCCAGGCGGUCAGCUCUAGGAAGAGUCUUGGUGGUUCCAAACUUCUUCCUUUUAAGAAUGAUUGAGGCCACUGUGUUCUUGGGGACCUUUGCUCUGACAUGCACUGUCACCUGUGGGACCUUAUAUAGACAGGUGUGUGCCUUUCCAAAUCAUGUCCAAUGAAUUGAAUUUACCACAGGUGGACUCCAAUCAAAUUGUAGAAACAUCUAAAGGAUGAUCAAUGGAAACAGGAUGCACCUAAGCUCAAUUUCGAUUCUCAUAGCAAAGGAUAUUUCUGUUUUUUAUUUGUAAUACAUUUGCAAACAUUUCUAAAAACCUGUUUUCACUUUGUCAUUAUGGGGUAUUGUGUGUACAGUCGUGGUCAAAAGUUUUGAGAAUGACAUAAGUAUUGGUCUUCACAAAGUUAGCUGCUUCAGUGUUAUGAGAUAUAUUUGUCAGAUGUUACUAUGGUAUACUGAAGUAUAAUUACAAGUAUUCCAUAAGUGUCAAAGGCUUUCAUUGACAAUUACAUUAAGCUUAUGCAAAGAGUCAAUAUUUGCAGUGUUGACCCUUCUUUUUCAAGACCUCUGCAAUCCGCCCUGGCAUGCUGUCAAUUAACUUCUGGGCCCCAUCCUGUUUGAUGGCAGCCCAUUCUUGCAUAAUCAAUGCUUGGAGUUUGUCAGAAUUUGUGGGUUUUUGUUUGUCCACACGCCUCUUGAGGAUCGACCACAAGUUCUCAAUGGGAUUAAGGUCUGGGGAGUUUCCUGGCCAUGGACCCAAAAUGUUGAUGUUUUGUUCCCCGAGCCACUUAGUUAUCACUUUUGCCUUAUGGCAAGGUGCUCCAUCAUGCUGGAAAAUGCAUUGGUCGUCACCAAACUGUUCUUGGAUGGUUGGGAGAAGUUGCUCUCGGAGGAUGUGUUGGUACCAUUCUUUAUUCAUGGAUGUGUUCUUAGGCAAAAUUGUGAGUGAGCCCACUCCCUUGGUUGAGAAGCAACCCCACACAUGAAUGGUCUCAGGAUGCUUUACUGUUGGCAUGAAACAGGACUGAUGGUAGCGCUCACCUUGUCUUCUCCGGACAAGGUGUUUUCCGGAUGCCCCAAACAAUCGGAAAGGGGAUUCAUCAGAGAAAAUGACUUUACCCCAGUCCUCAGCAGUCCAAUCCCUGUACCUUUUGCAGAAUAUCAGUCUGUCCCUGAUAUUUUUCCUGGAGAGAAGUGGCUUCUUUGCUGCCCUUCUUGUCACCAGGCCAUCCUCCAAAAGUCUUUGCCUCACUGUGCGUGCAGAUGCACUCACACCUGCCUGCUGCCAUUCCUGAGCAAGCUCUGCACUGGUGGUGCCCUGAUCCCGCAGCUGAAUCAACUUUAGGAGAUGGUCCUGGCACUUGCUGGACUUUCUUGGGCGUCCUGAUGCCUUCUUCACAACAAUUGAACCUCUCUCCUUGGAGUUCUUGAUGAUCCGAUAAAUGGUUGAUUUAGGUGCAAUCUUACUAGCAGCAAUAUCCUUGCCUGUGAAGCCCUUUUUGUGCAAAGCAAUGAUGACGGCAUGGUUAACAGAGGAAGAACAAUGAUUUCAAGCACCACCCUCCUUUUAAAUCUUCUAACUCAAUCAGCAUGACAGAGUGAUCUCCAGCCUUGUCCUCGUCAACACUCUCACCUGUGUUAACGAGAGAAUCACUGACAUGAUGGCAGCUGGUCCUUUUGUGGCAGGGCUGAAAUGCAGUGGAAAUGUUUUUUUGGGAUUAAGUUCAUUUUCAUGGCACAGAGGGACUUUGCAAUUAAUUGAAAUUCAUCUGAUCACUCUUCAUGACAUUCUGGAGGAUAUGCAAAUUGCCAUCAUCAAAACUGAGGCAGCAGACUUUGUGAAAAUAGUAUUUGUGUCAUUCUCAAAACUUUUGACCACGACCAUUGAUGAGUAAAAAAAAAAAUAUUCAAUCAAUUUUAGAAUAAGGGUGUAACGUAACAAAAUGUGGAAAAAGGGAAGGGGUCUGAAUACUUUCCUAAUGUACUGUAUAUAAUAUAUAUUGUGUUCUAUUUGCCAGGACUGCCUUGUGUACCUGUUGAACAGAGAGCAGCACACUGUGGGUCAGGAGACCCCUUCGGCCCGUCCCAACAUCUGCCUGUCCUCUCCUGACAUCCUGCCCCUCCACUGUCGCCUCCACCGCGUCCCCGCCCCCCGUCGCCAUGGCAGCACCCCCGACAACAACAACCCCUCUGCAGCCGCCGCCGUCGCCGGGGAUGACCGCUUCUGCGUUGCCGUGGAGCCCGUCCCCCACGCUACGGUCCUGGUCAACUUCUCCCGGUGCGAGCGUUCCACCCAGCUUCGCCAUGGCGACCUGCUGUCGUUCGGAGCCCACUACAUCUUCCUUUAUAAGGACCCAACGGGCGCCAAGCCACUCCCCUCCCAGACGCUGGCACGCCUCCGAACACUGGGGCAGCUGUACGAGACUGGGGGAGACGGAGGAGGGGUGGAGACGGAGGGGGGAGGGACCUGUAAGAUGUGUGGCUCAUUGUUAAAGGACAGGGGGGCGUUGUCCUCCCAAACCGGCCCCCCCGCCAGGCGGAGCUUCAAACCACACCUGGUGAAACCCCGAGGCGGGGGGGUGGGGGGGGCAGGGGUAGGAAACACGAUCUUGGCGGGACAGAACCAGAAGAGACGGCUACAGCUAGACUUUGAACAGGUAAAUAAAUAUAUGUUGUAAAUAUAUGUUGUUGUAGAGUAAUCAGUGAAUGUGUUUAUCCUGUUGUCAUGUGUUGUCACACCAAUGUUUAUUGAGUUCAACUGAACUGAAUCAAACUGAACUGAAUCAAACUGAACCGAAUCAAACUGAACUGAAUCAAACUGAACUGAAUCCCAUUGUACUUGAUUCGGGCAGGCCCACGAGGACGCCCUGGUGAGCAGGAUCAUGUCGCUGAUCGAGCCGGGCGGUGACGACCACAAGUUAGCCCCUGCCUACCUGCUGUGUCUCUGCAUACAGCACUCUGCCUCCGCCUUCCCACCGGGCUGCUUCGGCAAACUGCUGCUGAAGAUAGUACGACACAUACAGACCAUCUCCUGGGUGAGAGGGAGGGGCCUAGAGGGAGAGGGAGGGGCCUAG